AUGGAUGAUCGCGCACACCGCGCACCGCGCACAAAACUCCGCUCCUCCAUCAUCCAAAUUCCACUUCCGCAUUUUGAUUCUUUGAUUUUCCGCGCCAAAAAUCAGAUUAUAAGGUCAAGUAUUUCAAAAAAAAUGUCAACUCAUGGUAGUAAUAAUAAUAAUGCGGAUUCGCCGAAAGCAGCACAAUCGGUACAGAUGCGGAGGGCGCCAUCGAGAGGCACGGCGACGACGUUCUCGUUGGAGGUUUUCGAUAACGAAGUCGUGCCUUCUUCGCUCGCUCCAAUCUCUCCGAUUCUCCGAGUCGCCAACGAGAUCGAAUCAGAGCGUCCUAGAGUUGCCUAUCUAUGCAGGUUUUACGCAUUCGAGAAAGCGCAUAGGCUGGAUCAAAGUUCCACCGGGCGUGGUGUUAGGCAGUUUAAGACGUUGUUGCUGCAACGAUUGGAAAGGGACAAUGCAACUAGUCUUGCCUCUCGAGUUAAGAAGACAGAUGCAAGGGAAAUCCAGGCUUAUUAUCAACAAUACUAUCAACAAUAUGUCAGAGCUCUUGACCAAGCGGAUCAAGCAGACAGGACCCAGCUCAGCAAAGCUUACCAGACUGCUGGGGUGCUCUUUGAAGUGCUUUGUGCUGUUAAUAAGACUGAGAAGGUCGAAGAAGUAGCUCCUGAGAUUAUGGCAGCUGCUAGAGAUGUCCAGGAAAAGACGGAGAUUUAUACACCUUAUAAUAUUCUUCCUCUGGAUUCUGCUGGUGCUUCUCUGCCCAUUAUGCAGUUUGAAGAGAUUAGGGCUGCUGUUUCUGCGCUCUGGAACAUUCGUGGCUUGAACUGGCCUAACUCAUUUGAGCAACCGAGGCAGAGAGGUGCAGAUUUAGACAUGCUUGAUUGGCUCAGAGCAAUGUUUGGUUUCCAGAAGGACAGCGUGAGGAAUCAAAGAGAACAUUUGAUUCUGCUUCUUGCUAACUCUCACAUAAGGCUACACCCAAAACCCGAGCCUUUUAACAAGCUCGAUGACCGUGCUGUUGAUUCUCUGACGAAAGAUCUCUUUAAGAAUUACAAAACAUGGUGCAAAUUCUUGGGACGAAAGCAUAGUUUGCGACUGCCUCAAGGUCAACCAGACAUACAGCAGAGGAAGUUGCUUUAUAUGGGCUUGUAUCUUCUCAUUUGGGGUGAAGCAUCCAAUGUCCGCUUCAUGCCAGAGUGUGUAUGCUACAUAUUUCACAAUAUGGCAUAUGAACUGCAUGGUUUAUUGGCUGGAAAUGUCAGCAUUGUCACUGGGGAAAAUAUCAAGCCUUCUUAUGGCGGAGAUGACGAGGCAUUCCUACGAAAGGUUAUCACACCCAUAUACCGAGUAAUUGAAAAGGAAGCUAAGAAGAGCAGAAAUGGAAAGGCUUCACACUCAGCAUGGUGCAACUAUGAUGAUCUAAAUGAGUAUUUCUGGUCACUUGAUUGCUUUUCUCUUGGAUGGCCCAUGCGUGAUGAUGGCGAUUUUUUUAAAUCCAGUAGUGAAUUGACACAGGGAAGAAAGGGUGCGCCAAGAAAACCCAGGAAACUUGGAAAAUCAAAUUUUAUUGAAACACGGACAUUUUGGCACAUCUUCCGCAGUUUUGAUCGUCUUUGGACCUUUUUUUUGCUGGGUUUGCAGGUGAUGUUCAUUAUUGCAUGGGAUGGGAUUUCACUGAUGGAUAUCUUUCAGAAGAAUGUUAUGUAUAAACUGUCUAGUAUAUUCAUCACAGCAUCCAUUCUGCGAUUACUUCAAAGUAUCCUGGACCUGGCCCUAAACUUUCCAGGCUAUCAUCGAUGGAAAUUCACCGAUGUGCUUAGAAAUAUUCUUAAAGUCAUUAUCGGUUCUAUUUGGGUUAUCAUUCUUCCAAUUUUCUACGUAAGUUCUUACAAGGGUGCGCCUCAGGGUCUCAAGGAAUUGCUUUCUUUUUUCAAGCAAAUAAAAGGCAUUCCGGCAAUGUACAUGAUGGCAGUUGCAUUGUAUAUGCUACCAAAUUUAUUAGCAGCUGCUCUCUUUCUUUUCCCAAUGCUAAGGCGUUGGAUUGAAAAUUCAGACUGGCACAUAGUUAGAUUCUUCUUAUGGUGGUCUCAGCCAAGAAUAUAUAUUGGAAGAGGAAUGCAUGAAAGUCAAUUUGUUCUCCUAAAGUAUACUAUUUUCUGGGUGUUGCUUUUGGCUUCAAAGUUUUUAUUCAGCUUUUAUGUUCAGAUAAAGCCUCUAGUUAAGCCAACCAAGGACAUAAUGAACAUUCAACAUGUUGACUAUGCUUGGCAUGAGUUUUUCCCCAAAGCUGAAAACAACUAUUGUGCAGUUAUUGCACUAUGGGCUCCUGUACUUAUGGUCUAUUUCAUGGACACUCAAAUUUGGUAUGCAAUCUUCUCAACUUUGUACGGUGGCCUUGUUGGAGCCUUUGAUCGUCUAGGAGAGAUACGCACACUGGGCAUGCUGAGGUCACGGUUUCAGUCAAUUCCUGGUGUAUUCAACACAUGUUUGGUUCCUUCUAAUAAGAAAAAAGGAAGAUUCUCCUUCUCAAAGCAAUUUUCUGAGAAUUCUGCAAGCAGAAGAAGUGAAGCUGCCAAAUUUGCCCAGACUAAACUAUGUUUGCAUGACUUCAGGGAGAUGGAUCUUUUGCUGGUUCCUUACACAUUGGGUCCUGACCUCAAAAUAAUUCAGUGGCCACCAUUUUUGCUUGCAAGCAAGAUUCCUGUGGCACUGGAUAUGGCAACUCAAUUUCGAGGAAGGGACUCUCAUCUUUGGAGCCGCAUAUGUGCAGAUGAAUAUAUGAAAUGUGCUGUGAUUGAAUGCUAUGAAUCUUUUAAACAAAUUCUACACGAUUUAGUGAUAGGAGAAACUGAAAAAAGGAUAAUUUCAAUCAUUGUUAAAGAAGUAGAGAGCAACAUGUCAAAGAACACUCUUACCAUAAAUUUCCGGAUGGGCUUUUUACCCUCCCUUUGCAAGAAGUUUGUGGAGCUUGUGGAACUUUUAAAAGAUGCAGAUCCAUCCAAAGGAGGUAUAGUGGUGGUCUUGCUUCAAGACAUGUUAGAAGUGGUUACUGAUAUGGUGGUGAAUGAAAUCAGUGAAUUGGCAGAACUUAAUCAAAUUAGUAAGGAUACUGGAGCGCAAGUUUUUGCUGGUACUGAGGCAAUGCCUGCUAUAGUAUUCCCUCCUGUGGUUACAGCACAAUGGGAGGAACAGCUAAGACGUCUUUAUCUACUCCUGACGGUGAAAGAAUCAGCCGUUGAUGUUCCAACAAACAGUGAAGUACGCAGAAGGAUUGCAUUCUUUACAAAUUCAUUGUUCAUGGAUAUGCCACGUGCUCCCCGUGUUCGUAAAAUGCUCUCAUUCAGCGUCCUAACUCCAUACUACAGUGAAGAGACUGUGUAUUCUAAGAAUGACAUUGAGGUUGAAAAUGAAGACGGUGUGUCAAUCAUAUAUUAUUUGCAAAAGAUCUUCCCUGAUGAAUGGAAUAACUUCAUGGAGCGACUUGAUUGUAAGAAAGAUAGCGAAAUAUGGGAAAAAGACGAAAAUAUAUUACAACUACGUCACUGGGCCUCAUUAAGAGGACAAACUCUUUGCAGGACAGUUAGGGGAAUAAUGUACUACCGGAGGGCAUUAAAGCUCCAGGCAUUUCUUGAUAUGGCUAGUGAAAAAGAGAUCCUCAAUGGAUAUAAAGCUAUUACACUUCCAUCUGAGGAAGACAAGAAGAGCCAGAGGUCCCUAUAUGCCAAUUUAGAGGCUAUGGCUGACAUGAAAUUCACAUAUGUAGCUACCUGUCAGAAUUAUGGGAAUCAGAAGCGUAGCGGAGACCGCCGUGCAACAGAUAUUUUGAAUUUGAUGGUUAACAAUCCCUCACUCCGUGUUGCAUAUAUUGACGAAGUUGAAGAAAGAGAAGGUGGAAAAGUGCAAAAAGUUUAUUAUUCUGUAUUGAUCAAAGCAGUGGACAAUCGCGACCAAGAAAUAUUUCGAAUAAAACUUCCGGGUCCAGCAAAAGUAGGAGAAGGAAAGCCUGAAAACCAGAAUCAUGCACUUAUUUUUACUAGAGGGGAAGCCCUUCAGACAAUCGACAUGAACCAGGACAAUUACUUGGAAGAAGCAUUAAAAAUGCGCAACCUUCUGGAAGAGUUUAAUGAGGAUCAUGGAGUGCGCUCGCCUACCAUAUUAGGUGUUCGUGAGCAUAUCUUUACUGGCAGUGUCUCUUCCUUGGCUUGGUUUAUGUCAAAUCAAGAAACUAGCUUUGUCACAAUUGGUCAAAGAGUCCUUGCAAGACCGUUAAAGGUUCGGUUUCACUAUGGUCACCCGGAUGUUUUUGAUAGAAUUUUCCAUUUAACCCGUGGAGGAAUCAGCAAGGCUUCUUGUGGCAUCAAUCUGAGCGAGGAUAUAUUUGCUGGAUUCAACUCAACACUAAGGCGUGGGAAUAUUACUCAUCAUGAGUAUAUCCAAAUUGGAAAGGGUAGGGAUGUCGGGGCUCAAUCAAAUCUCUCUUUUUGA